CCCACUGAGCCCAGCGGAAAGACAGAAGAGGCAACGAACCACAUGUUGUUCACCCAGAGCGGUGUCUUCUCUCCUUCUUUGUAACUCCUGUUGGAUCUAUCCUGGCCUCAUUGAUCCAUGGGACUCCAGAGCUGGCCACCAAACAAACCAGAACUGUCCUCCAUGGCUUGCCUGGAUGUGGAGAGCCCAACCAUUUGCAGGGGAAAAUUCAAAUCAGUACUUCAGCACUGUCUGCAGCAGAGGAGAACUCGGGAGCAGCUUGUAGACCAAGGCAUCUUGCCUUCUCUGAAAAGCUCUGCUGCCUUCCACAAGCAGAUUCGCAGCCUACAGAGAGCCAGGACGGGGAAUUUCCUAAAGCAUAAACUCUGCAGCAGACCGGAACGCUCAGAACUGGUCCGUAUGCAUAUCCUAGAAGAAACUCAAGUGGAGCCCUCACUGCAGGCCACGCAGAUAAGACUGAAGAGGGCCAGACUGGCCAAUGAUCUCAAUGAAAAAAUCGCCCAGCGGCCAGGACCCAUGGAGCUGGUCGAGAAGAAGAUCCUGCCCGUCGACUCUGGAGUUGAAGAACUCAGAAACAAUGGUAAGGCAGAUUACUCAGAUACACCACAAGUUCCAGAUGUUUACAGCUUUGAUGAGGACAGCAGUGAUGCAUUAUCACCACGGCAACCCAACAGCCAACCAUCUCCUCCCCAAACUUUACCCUCCCCAGAGAAUUCAAGAGAAACUGAGGCAUCUUAUGCAUCCUCUGACUUCAGCCCUCCUCCACAGCUCUCUCUAACACGCUGCUCUCAGUCAUCUGCAGAUGUGUCUACUUUGGAGAAACCAAGCAGCCAGGGAGCUCAUCAGCCUAACGCCGCUGUCAUCCAAUGCAUUUCAUCAGGUCCAGUUCUUGUGAAACAAACUUUGGUGAAGCUAUCCACAGACAAAAGCCGUAGCAAAAAGAUCAAAGAGCCCAAGUCAAGGGUGAAAAAACUGAAGUAUCAUCAGUACAUCCCCCCUGACCAGAAGCAAGAGCUCAGUGGCGUCCCGAUGGACUCUUCUUAUGCCCGUCUUCUGGAGCAGCAGCAGCAGUUCCUCCAGCUCCAGAUCCUUAGCCUGCAGCAGCAGAAGUACAACUGCCAGGCCGUUGUACCCGUCACACUAAACAUAUCCACAACUGAGAUACAGACCAGCUACUCGGCUCUUGCCCUUAGAGGAAGCUCUUCAUCCACUCCUGUGCAGUUCCAUCAUGCUAGUACAAAAUUGGAUCAGUUACCCGCUAAUAUCGAUGAGAUGAAGGUCGCUGAGCUGAAAGUGGAGCUAAAACUCAGAUCUCUGCCUGUUUCUGGGACUAAGACAGAUCUGAUAGAGAGGUUGAAGCUGUUUCACGAAAGUGCUAAAAGCCAGCGUGUUGCUGCCAUGGAGUCAAGAGUCACUGCAGCAAACUCACGGUCUGAAAACAUAAAUGUAACACCACCCGUUUCCCUUAUAGCUUCCAAAGUCUCCAAACUGGGAAUAGAAGAUAGUAACAUGAAAGACAUUCACACAAAGUCAGAUUCAGAGACCUUGUCUAAUGCUGCUCUGUGCACAAGCCCCUCAAAGGGAACCCCACAUCAAGAGGGCCCCACAGAUGCAAAGGUCAAUGAGAAGGACUCUGAAAAAGACAAACGGUUGCAUGAGAAGGAGCGUCAGAUAGAGGAACUUAUGAGGAAGCUGGAGCAGGAGCAGAAGCUAGUUGAGGAGCUAAAGAUGCUACUGGAGGUAGAGAAAAGAAGCCAGCAGAAUGAUUCUCCACCUCAUCUUAGCUCAUUGGUGCCAUUUCAGAUAAAAGAGGAAAACAGAAGUCUGCCAAACUGCACAGUGUCCUGCAGCUCUCCUGGUCUGCAUGUGCAGAUCAAACAAGAGGACCCAUCAGAUCAUACCCACAUAACUUGUUCAAAUCAGUUCAUUAAUGACCAAGGGACCAACAAAACGGCUGAAAAUCUGCAGUCUGUCCAGGCCCUUCUGCCCACGUCUCUUCCUGGUUCAGCAGUUGCUGUUGAACUCCCUGCCAAAGGCAUUAAAUUACACACUAUUGUUAACAGCAUAGCUUCAGGCUGCAUCCAGGCCUCUGGACAUGAGCCAGAGAAAUCAGCAGCACCACAGCAGCAAUCUAGCACUCAAACCCAGCAUCUGACUAAGACAUGGAGAAUGGAUAUUAAGGGGCAAAGUUCACUCAAUGCAUUCCUGGUGUCUGGAUGUGAUAGUCCUUCCUCUCACCAAGCACCCCCGGGAGCACUUAGAGGGAAGCUGCCUUCUUCAAAACCAUCCACUGUUAUUAAGCAGCAAACAACUUUUACAAAUCAUGCAUCAAAGACUAAGGACCCACCUCGCUAUGAGGAUGCAGUCAAACAGACACGCAGCAUGUUAAUAGUUGCUCAGGGUCCCACCGCAGCAAGCCAGCAGAUGGAUGACUUGUUCGAUGUGUUGAUUGAAAGUGGAGAGAUCUCCCCUCUCAUCAGGCAGGAUCCUCCCAGUCUGGAAAAGCCUCUCCCUGUGACAGCCAGCGUGACCACCCUUCCCAUCAACACAGUUCUGACCCGUUCUCCACCUUUAGUGCAGUUGGCCCAGCUGCCUGAGGCAACCCUCAGCUCCCCAGGAAACAACCUGGAAACCUUUCUGGAUGACACAGAGGCUCAGAGACUGAAGCUGAUGGAGGAGUUAAACUCACCUUUGGUCAACAUGGAGAUGAACUUCAGUGAAAACAUCCCACCUUCUGGUGUGAACCUGCAAAAUACUUCUGUGGACAGUAUGGAUUGGCUGGACCUUACCCUUUCUGUGCCUGCCGAGGGGAUUAACCCUUUAGACAUGUCAGUGCCAGGGGCGGUCUUCUCUUCGGACUUCCUGGACUCUCAUGAACUGCACUUGAACUGGGACUGAGUAAUUAAAGGGUGAACAUGGACUUCAUUCUGAUUUGUUUUUGUUUUUUUUAACCAAAUGUUGAUGGACUGCUCUCCUUGCAGUCUGUAAAAGCUAUAGUUUGUGGAGAAAAAGAAAAUGGUACUGAUGUUUUAAAGAUUUCCAUCUCAAGUCAUAUGACUGAUUUCCUUGUCUUUUCACACACUGACUUCUCUUCGUUCCACAGCCUCAGUGAAAAGUGUUGCAAUAAGCAUUGCCACAGCACACAGAGGAGGAAAAAAUACACUAAUCCUUGUUACAGAUGGACAAGUGCUGCAUUUAGCUUCUGUGUUGUUUACUCCACCCAGUCUUGGAAUGAUUAUCACUAUCAAAACAGAUUGUGAACUCUAAAGCCACAUGAUCCUGGUUUCUAUACAAGUCGAAAGGCAUAAAUCUGCCAUUUAACCAAAGGAGUGAAAGUGGACCAUCCUUCAGAGGUCCACAACCGAAAACAACAAAGAUUCCAGUCUUUAUUACAAAAUAAUUCACCAAUCAUGUAAGCCUGCACACAUUAGUACACUCUGCAACUUAAAGAAGCACGUUUACAUGAAUCAUCUGUAGAGCAGCUUUAAAUAUAAUUUGCUGCUUAAAAAUUGGUCAGACUGACGUUUCAUAAGCUUGCUAGUCUGUUUUUAUUUUAUUAUAAAACAUUAAGUGGUAUGUCACGAACAGAAUAAUGAAUUAGGCUUCUUCCAUAUUAGUUGGAGUGUGUUCCAGGGACAUUUGCUGGCUACAUAGUGUGCUAUUAUAGGCAGCAUUGCGUGUGUGUGUGUGUGUGUGUGUGUGUGUGUGUGUGGGUGUGUGUGUGUGUGCGUGUGUGUGUGCGUGCUUUAGAUAAGGAAAUGCUAGAGACAUUUGUUUUUGUGGUAUUUUAAUUUAUGUAAAGACUCAGAGUUCUCUGGAAAAUAUCUGGAAUGUCACAGAGAAAAAAAAACUUUUAUGUUGAAGAAAAUCUCAUGAAAGGUUUUUCAUAUUGGAAAUACAGAUAUGGUGUUGUCUUAAGUCAUCUCCUUAGUGCCAAAUCUGUCACAGAGAGAGGGAGUUAUGUGCUGGAAUGAGGCAUAAGUCUACAUAUGACUAAUGUAACCCAACACCAAAUCUUCAUAGCUUGUGUUGUAUGAUGUAUUCAUGUUCAUUUGUAAAGUUAUUACAGUUUUUUUCUGCAAAUACAGAAGUGCUUUGGGAUUUACAGCCUUCUAGUAUUGAAAAAAUGUUUCAAUAAUAAAAUAAUUUAUAUAAGGAAA